AUGCAGCAACGGAGGCCAUACUCAGCGAACAAGGGCAAGGACGCCUCGCCUAACGGCAAUGGGACGAGCCACGAACACAAGGACACGCAUAAGCAUGAACACGAACACGAACACGAACACGAACACGAACACGAACACGAACACGAGCAUGACCAUUCGCACUCGCAUUCAAUAUUCAGUUUACAUUCACACUCACAUGGCGAGGGAGGCCAGGGUGCAGAGAAGAUAAUCGAGGCGUUGCAGGGAUCUGGUGAUCGAGGCAGUCAGAUCACAUUAGUGGGACUGUUCGCGAAUAUUGGCUUGACUGCUGCGAAAGGUGCUGCUGGCUGGUACAUGCACUCUGCAUCGUUGCUGGCAGACGCCGGGCAUUCAUUGAGUGACCUUCUCGGCGAUUUCGUGACACUGUUCUGCUGGCGAUUGUCGCGCAAACCACCAUCGGAGCGGUACCCCUACGGGUUCGCGAAGUUUGAGACGUUGGGUACCACCACGGUUUCGCUGUUGCUCAUUGGCGGCGCGCUGGGAAUAGGCGUACAUUCCUACCACCUUCUGAUAGUAGCGUUGAGUGAAGCUGCUUCCCACACUGCUUCCGGGAGCGUGCAAACCAUCCUUCAACAAGUAGCCUCCGUAGCCCCCCACAUCCCCACAGUCGGCCACGCGCACGUACACACCGUCGACCCUAAUGCAGCAUGGUUCGCUGCCGUAAGUGUUCUGGCGAAAGAAUGGCUCUACCGCAUAACGAAGAAAGUGGCGGACGAAGAAAGAAGCCCUGUGCUGCAGGCUAACGCAAUACAUCAUCGCAGUGAUGCUUAUUCGAGUGUAGUCGCCCUCGUGGCGAUCCUGGGUUCCUGGCUUAUCCCAGCCUUGCCUUUGGAUCCAAUUGGGGGGCUUAUCGUGGCUAUCGUUAUCCUUCGGCAAGGCUUAGGGCUCUUGGGAGGUGCAUGGGGAGACCUUACAGACGCAAGCGUUUCUUCUAGAACGCGGCAAUCUCUCCUCAAGACGUUGGACCCGCUAAUAUCUACCAACAAUUCCACGACAUCGGACCCAUUGCUGCUUGUCAUUCGUCAGAUAAGAGCUCGCCGUUCGGGGUCUUUGAUGUUCGUAGAUCUGAAGGUCGAUGUUCCUGGAGGCCUGACAGUAUACGAAUCAUCGGCAUUGGAAGUGAAGAUUUCACAGACGUUGAUGAAAGCCCGGAGGGAAAUUGCGGAAGUUAAUGUACAGUUCCGCCCCAUUGAUGUGAAAGCCCAAGCAUAG